AUGCGGCUGACCAGCUUCCAGUGCUGGCCAGAGGCAGACACGAGUUCAGAUUUUGGUGAUGAAGAGGUUAACAAACUCAUCAGUCACUUCCGACAACUUUUACUGUCUGCUGGAGUGGAUGUGGAGUUGAUCCCUGAUCAAUGGACAAUUCUCAAGACUGAACUGUACGCAGCAGCAUUCAGCCAAGGAACCUUUGAGAAGACCUGGCCUACUGUGAACAGAAUGCUGCGCCAUCGGUGUCCUGAUGUUCUUGAUCUUUUUGAUGCUCUCCUCACCAUCCCUGCAACUACAGCUGACUGUGAAAGAGGGUUCAGUGUUAUGAAGCAGGUAAAGAGUGACUGGCGCUCACGCCUAAAAGGUGAGACCCUCUCCGACCUCCUUAAAACCCAGUUGUGCUCACCUGACAUCAAAGACUUUGAUCCAACCAAAGCCAUUGACAUCUGGCAUGCUGACAGUGUGCGUUCACACAGGCCUGACUUUGUGCACAAACAUGGAACAAAAGGAACAGAGGGUGGCUCAGAUUCUGAUGGCACCACCUCUGAAGAAGAAGAGCUCUGAAGACGUGAUUCA